CUAGUCCAAUCGGAGUGCUCGUUUUGGUCUCGUUUUUUUAACACGUGCAGUCCCGGAAGUAGAAUUCGAUGUGUGCUGCAUGUGAGGAGCCGUGUGUCUGGGUGACGCAAUAUGAUCACACCGGCUUUUGACAUCAGCCAGGAUGCCGACUUCCUCACUAUCACCAUUAAAGUUCCCUAUGCCAGGGUGUCGGAGUUUGAUAUCUACAUUGAGGAAGAUGACUUCAAAUUCUACGCCAAGCCGUACUUUCUCAGAUUGACGCUGCCUGGCAGGAUUGUGGAAGAUGGGAGACAGAAAGCCGUAUAUAAUGCUGAUGAUGGCGUAUUCACUGUCCGAGUGCCUAAAGAGACCCCAGGACAGCAUUUUGAAGGCCUGAAUUUGCUGACUUCACUAUUGGCACCAAAAGGAGUCAGAACAGCAAAGCCCCUUGUAGAAGAAAUAGGGGCUUCCAGUGAGAUUCCUGAAGAUGACGAUGAAGACUUUGAUUGGCAGAUUGAACAGACUCCCUAUGAAGAGUCGCCCCCUGAUGAGCUUAAUCCGCAGUUCAGCUAUGGUUUUGGAAAUUUGAGAGUCGGAGUCUUCAGACGACUUCAGGAAGAACUGAAUGAUGUUAUUGACUUGAGAGACCCUGACGUCACCCCGGCCGCUGAACGCACACGCAGGCGCCUGGAAGCUGAAAAGUCCAAGUUUGACCCCGAUCAUUACCUAGCCGACCUCUUUGAAGACGAUGCUGUUAAACAGUUGCUGAAGUACAAAACCUGGUGGGAGGAGAUGCAGCAUAGAACCGCAAACGUUUCCCCUGAAAGUGAGGACAAAGGAGUCGCGUUUACAGAGAAGGAGAAGGAGCAGCUGAGAAAAUUCACCAACAAGUCCUAUCUGCUGGAUAAGAGAGCGGAGCAGCUGGCGUACCUAGGUCUGAUCGAUGUGCUUCUGGCAUACUGCUAUGAAACCCGUGUCACUGAAGGAGAGAGAAAUGUUGAGUCUUCAUGGAAUAUCAGAAAACUGAGUGGAUCCCUGUGUUGGUUUGAGAACUACAAGUCGCUCCAGGAAGUCCUGGUGUCUUUUGGGAGACGAGUGUUAUGCUAUCCGCUCUAUAGGCACUUCCGCCUGGUGACCAAGGCUAUCCAGGAUCUCAUUUCAUUGAUCAGAUUGGGCAAGGCUGCGCUACUCAAGUGCUUGUUGGAUAUCCACUCAAUCUUUCAAGAAAACGACCCUGCGUACAUUCUCAAUGACCUGUACAUUACAGACUACUGUAUCUGGAUUCAGAAAGUCAAGUCCAAGAAACUGGCAGGUCUCGCAGACUCGCUGCAGGCUGCCAGCCUCUCCAAAGCAGACCUGGGCUUCGAGCUGGAAGAGUUAGAGGAAGCUGCCAGUCUGGUACAAGAGGAAGAGAAAUUGCUGGAGACUGCAGGCGGCGUUCCCAGGCAGCCCGCAGCCAUCAUCACGUCUGAAACUUCCAGCAGUUCCUCAUCUGAAUGCACUUCGUCUGAUGAGGAAGAGAGCGGCAGCAGCUCAGAGGAAUCAGAAACACAGGACUUGCAGGAGACGGCGCUCAUACGGGCUGUGGAGAUAACACCCAGCCAACCUGCCACAGCUGAAAACGCAGAUCCUUCCCCGACCCUCCCACCUGUUCUUGUACAAGACAUGACAGCGCAUGUGGCAGGUAACGCCCCAGAGGUCCCCCAUGGGCACGAUGCCGCUGACAGCUUUCCAGUUGUGAAGGAAGCAGACAGUGCCAUUCAACAUCCAGGAGGCACCAAGCCAGAGGGACCCGUCAGCCACUUCUUAGAGGUGACCCCUUGCAAGAAUCCUCUCCUUAUAAUACAGCAUUCCGAAGACAGCGACGCUCCAUUACCUAUUGACUAAUCCUUCCCAUCGUUCUCAUUAAAGAUGGUGUGACCCACAACAAGAGCUCUGGAUGGGUUUUCAUUAGGAAUAAAUGAUAGUCGUGUAUGGAGGAUACCUCAUUAAUGUACGAGAUGUGUUCCUGGGCAUCCGAUCCAUCUCCUAAGUGAAGCCAAACAACUUUAAAAGCCUGGCAGAGUCUGAACCGUCGCACAUCAGAGUGUAAAUAACUGCUAUUUUGUUUACCGAUGUGGUCUUUAGGGAAUUUUUCGUUACUAAAGAAGCUUGCGUUCUUGAUA